ACACUUCCUGGACAACCAGUAGGAGUCUCCAGUGCAGCAAUAAUAACAAACAUACCUCCUGUCACGUCUUAUCCUUUUAACAGUGGUGGAAAGUACAUUUUCGUCAGUACAGUACUUUAGUUUUGAGGCAGUUUUCUGCCUCUGACAGUUGCAGUUGCCACUUGAACCUGCUUUGUGGCCAGAGAGGAAAGUAAGCUGGCGAGAGGCUGAGACAAUAUAAAAGGAAGAGCUCAAGUUAGCAGCAGUGAAGAGGAACAAAAUUUGCUGUUCUUGGUCAUGGAUGAUUUUGUUCGUAACAAAUUAUCUGAAUGGGGUCUCAGUGAGUGGAUAGAAAGAUUUGAAGAUGAAGAAAUUGAUGAGGAAAUUUUUCACUGUCUUGAUGAUAAAGAAAUCGCUAACUUGAUCCCAAAAAUAGGACCAAGGUCAAUAUUCAAGACAAAACUCAAGUUUUUACAGAAAGAACAAAACACAACAAACCAGGAAACAGUUUGUUUUGACGCUCAAGUUUGGCCAUCCACCAGUGACUCAAGGGAUAAAGGAAAGAGGAAGUUAGAUCUCCAGGGCGAGUCCAGCAAAUCACCCUCAAGAAAAAGACGACAUGACAUUGUAACGGGAUUACACCUAGAAAAAAUCAAUCCAUCUGAUGUGAAAAUCGUCAUGAGAUAUGUCAACGAGAGAAUACCAAACCAAGAGAACAGGUUCAAUAAGUUCCUGAAGACUAAAAUCAAUGAUUUGGAGACAGACAAGAGGGAGCUGGUUGGUGUCUUUGGGAAAACUGGGGCUGGAAAGAGCUCUUUGAUAAAUGCCGUCAUCAGAGAGAAGAAUCUCUUGCCCUCUGGCAGUGUCAGUGCAUGUACCUCAGUCAUGAUUAAAGUGGAGGCUAACAUGCUGAACUCAAAGUAUGAGGCAGAAAUUGAGUUUAUUACAAAAGAGGAGUUGGAAGAGGAAUUGUGGUACUUUAAAUUCCUUUGGGAUAAUGCAGAUCAGGAUGAGGAAGAUGAUGAUGCUGGUGACACUACUGAAAAGCUGUCAGCGCUGUAUGGAGAAGAAUGGAAAAACAAAUCCCUUGAAAACCUCAUGGAUAACAAAUAUUUCAGUGAUAUUCCAGAAUUUCUCCGAUCCAAGAGCAAGAUUUUUACAUGUGAAUCAGCUAAAGAGUUAUCUGCAAAACUUGUAAAAUACACAAGAAGUGAUUUAAAAGACAGAGACAGUACAGAAGUAAAGAGGUGGUAUUGGCCACUAGUGAAGUGUGUGACUGUCAGGGUGCCUGGGAAUGAUCUUCUCCAGCAUGUCACACUUGUGGAUCUUCCUGGAAAUGGGGACCGUAACAAGAGCAGAGAUGAAAUGUGGAAAGCGGUUGUUGGGAGAUGUUCUACUGUGUGGAUUGUUACUGACAUUAAUCGAGCAGCAGCAGAGAAGGAACCCUGGGAGAUCCUGAAAAUUGCCAACAGUAGAAAUGGUGGAGUGUGUCAGUUCAUUCACUUUAUCUGCACCAAAUCUGAUCUUAUUGAAGAUUCAGAUGAUCAUUCAGCAGCUGGUGUUCGUGCUCUCAUAUUAAAAAGAAACAAUCAAGCCAAGGAAGAAGUGAAUAAAGAAUUCAGCAAACUAAAGGUUAAGAAACAUUUCAGAGAUAACUGUUUCAAAGUGUUCACAGUGAGCUCCAAAGAGACCCAUCUAAGCCCAGAUGAAACUGAAAUACCCAAACUUCAGCAAUUUCUGCAACAUCUCAAUGACUGUCACUCAGAAACAUUAAACUAUGUAUCUGGAGCUUAUGAGAUACUCUCUCUGAUUCAAAGGGCCCGAUGUAGAGAAGUGGCUGACAAAACAACAAAUGUGUGCACAGAUCUUGAAGAGGACAUAAGACAUGAACUUGAAAAAGUUAGAAAACCCAUGGAAGAGGCUUGUAAUGCUUUUGAAAAAUGCCUUAGUAAGGGGGUUGAAAAAUCAAAAAGUUCAUGUGAACGAGUCUUGAAGUCUGUCUUACAUCCUGUAUCAGGUUGUGCUUUUCACAAGACAUUGAGGUCUGUAGUUGAGAAUAAUGGUACCUUCAAACCAAAAAUAGGGAAACAAAUAAACCUCAAUGCGGAGAUAGCUGCAUGCCUGACUGACAGCAUUAAUGAGGAAUUCCUGAAGACCUUUCCAAAUGAAAAAAAAUGCGGACCAUUCAACGGGGUCAUCAACAUGUUUGCACUUGACACAAAGAGGCUGAUUGAAAAGCACAAAGAUGUCAAACUGCAACUGAUAUUUCUCAAGACGGAGGAAGAACAAAUUAAGACACUCCUCAACAAAAUCAUCCGGGUGUAUAAGAAAACAAUCUACAGCGAUCUUACGACGACAAUUGAGGAAAACAUGCAAGAAUGCUAUGAAAAAGCUGCAGAAAAAAGAGGACACAACUCUCUGAAAAAUAUGCGCAACAGCAUUGAGAAAUACGUUCGUGAUCCAAAGAACACCAUGUUUGAGCAGGCUAAAGAUUUUAUGUUGAGCCAGCUAAGAUGCUUGAAGGAGUACAGCCUGAAGAUACUGGAGGAAACAAUGCAGAAAUCAAUCGAGAUGUCACUCAGGACAGAUUGCGACUCACUCCCAGAUGUAACAGUGGAGCUUGAAACGGUGAAGAAAUGCUACCAUGAACUGAGAGGGAGCCCAGAUGAAGAAACACUAAUUUGUGCUGAUCCACCUGGUCCAGCAGCUGCACCGUGACACAUGCAGGUUUGCUCGGUGGAAACAGCAGAAGUCUGAUUAUCCACUGAAGCUCUCUGCGUUCACACUGAUUAGAGACAUGAGGCCUCUGGAUUUGGUCUCAACCAAGUUCUUAUCUCUGUUCCCUUUAAGUGUUGUUUUAAUGUGUACAUUGUGUUUACUUGUUGUGAAUAAUAUGCAGCAGCAUUUAAGAUUUUAGGGGGGGUAGGACAUAUUUGCCUUAAAUUUACUAUAGAUCAGAGGCAGACAGAAUAUGUGGGGACAGAGACAGACACGGUGGUGACAUGGAGCAAAGGUCCCCAGCCAUAGUCAAACCACUGAUGUUGUGGUUUUCAUAGAACAGGUCUUUUACGGGACACUAACCUUGAACCUUGAUUACAGAACGUAUAUAGGUGGAUUUGACGAAGACUUUAGGCUUUUCAAAUAAUGAUCUUGAUCUUUUUAUCUUUCAUGUUCAAUGACAGAACUGUUGCUUGCUGCAAAAUAAUGGUUUGAGUGUGUUCACAUAAAAUAACUAUAUGAUAGUAAAAAAAAACGUUGGUUUCAUCAUGAAACUUUACUAAACAAUUGUUUUGUUUGUUAGAUUUAUGAUUUUCCAUCCUUGUUUUUACUAUAAACUCGUAAAAGUUCUUACCUAAAACUCUACAGUAAUAUGUGUCAGUUCCCGUACACAUAUCUAUAUUACACUACCACAUUAAUUUUAGUAACACAUCACAAAUACUAGCAAUUUGGGGUCAAAAUACUUAUUGUAAAUAUAUUGCCAAUGUAUAAGAAAUUAUACCAUAGCAGAUCAGGCAUGUUAAUAGGCCCAUUCACACAGUAGCCUGAUGUUCGUACACAAUGUAUCAAUGUGUAAAAGCUGUGUAAAGUUGGCAGCUUUGUACACACUCUAAUUUAAUCUUGGAUUCACACAGAUUAUAUACUGUACAUGUUGGCCAGAUCUGGAUUUUGUCUAUGCUAUAUUUUAUUAUCAGCAUUAUUAUUUUUUCCCAUUCAUCAACUCAGUCAUGUAAAAAUUUGAAGACUUAGGCCAGAUGAAAAAGCUUGAACUUUUCCCAACAUGUUUAUUUUCAGCAAAAAUAGACCCCAAUUAGAGUACAAAAGUUUCUGUUAUCAGAACUGAGACCUGAGUUGACAUGACAUGAUAUAACAAAUGAUUUUCAACUCCUUUUGGACCUCCUUUUAUAGCUCUGUUUCUAAGCAUUGUCUCAUCACUUAGCUCUCUUUCCUGGUACCUGGUUCUGGAGAUGGCCAAGUGGCUGUCACUGUGUCUUUUUCUUAUCUUAUUGCGGACAGUCAGUUUUUGUUUGUUUAUACUUUCUUGUGUACUCACACAUAUAUUCCCUAUUCUUAUCUAUUCACAUUAAAAUGCAUGCAAAGAGGUAGCUUGGAGCCAAGACUCAUCAUGCAAAGGGAGUCAUUUUUAAACCUUAAAACAUAUUAGAACUCAUGUGUAUAUAUAGUGUUUCUUAGCCUAUAUAUAAAAAGAGUGGCCAGUAGAGGGGUUUAAACAAAAGUGGCUUGGACUGCACUAUAUAAUAACUUCAUCCUAUAACCUAAAACAUUAAGAUAGUAAAGAUUUUACAACAGCUCCCUGAAAGUGCUUAUAAAGGGAGCUCUCUAUGAAACAGUGCAUGCAAGGUUUACUGUGUGUGUUUCUUUAGUAAUGUAUUUUUCAUGUUUCAAGUUUUUUCUUAAACAUUCACUUGCCUUAAGGGGGCAGGAGAGUGAGCAGUCCAUGUAUUUUCACAAUUUGAAAUGCCGCACAAAUGAAUGUCAAGCUUUGUGUUGAUAUGUGUGAUAGGUGUAUUAAAUAAAAGAGUACAGUACUGUG